CGUGCGAAUCAGUUGCGUUCGUGCUUUCAACAAGAGAAGACAUUUUUGCAUUUUUACGGUGAGCAAACGGUAAAAAAUUAAUAUACAUAAAAUACAUCAGAGAAACGGUAAAAAAAUUAUCGCCAAAUCAGCCGUGGCCAAGCCAUCCGAUCGAAUAGCACAAGUUAAAAUGGAAGUAAAUUGUUUUGUGUGCAACAAAAAGACAACAGAGUAUCAGCGAAAUUUGACCAAAAUUCGGUCUGGUUUCACCGAUACGCCAAUCAGCCAAUUGAUCGAAAAUCUUCUAGACGAAAAUCAUUCGAAGCAGAAUUUACACGAUGAAUCGAACUGCAUUUGUCCAAUAUGUUUGUUGGAAUUAUUGGAAUACGAUACAAAUCGCGUGAAGGCAAAUCAACAAACACAGAGACUUCGUGAAAAAUUGCUAGCUAACGGAAUCAAUGACGAUGUGGCGCCAAAAAAUGAUCGACCACAAACUGCUGAUACGAAUACUGUAGACGAUGCUCACAUUGACACAGCAGAUUUGAUUGUGGUACAAACAACAACAGACAAUGACGAGAAAAGCAUUGUAUCUACGACACUGGAAAAUACAUCACAUAAUUUGAUGUCUCAGCGAACGACCGAUAGACGAACAAGUGAUAGACAAAAAAAGCGUAAAAUCGAAAACUAUACACCGCCGCCAAAAAGACAAGCUGUUGAAAAAGACAACAAAUCAGUACGGCCAAAAAUGAAGACGAGAUUGAAUCAAUCGAUGCCAUCAUUAUGGUCCCCGGCACAGCCACUUGACCAAACGUUUCAAGACAAAAGUACAGAAAAAGAGCAAAUGCCACACGAUUCUGAAUCGAGUUCAAGUCACGAAUGUGUGCCAUGUUCCAAAACGUUUUCCAGACAAUCCGGUUUGCAUCGUCACAAUUUGACUGUGCACGCGAAUAAGCAACAGUGGUACAAAUGUAACGGCAAGGACUGCGACAAAAUGUACAAAUCCGAAUCUGGUUUCAAAAACCACCGUGAUCGACACCAUGAUUCGAGCACAACAUAUGAAAUCGUGCACGAGGAGAAAACAGGUACCGAAAAAAAUUCACCAAAUCUGUCGACUUCAUCGAACGAAACCAUUGUAUCGGCCAUAGAACAAGAGAUAGCUAUACAACAAUGUACGCCAUGCGGUAAAACGUUUAGCAAUCAAUAUAGUUUGAAUCGUCACAAGAAGACUUGCCGCGGUGAAAAGCAACAACAACGAUACCAAUGUAUGGCGAAUGAUUGCGGUAAAAGUUACACCACCGAAUCCAAUUUUAACCAACACAGAAAUCGGCACCACGAUUCGAGCACCACAUUUGAAAUUGUGACCGACGAGAAAAAAGGCAACUCCACCCAAGUAACAUUCGAUGUUUGAUAACACAGUUGAAUGGACGACGAACAAAACGAAGCAACGAUGCUGAUUUUUUUUUUUU